GAUGUUUUGGGAGGAAGCUGGAGUUGGCCCUCCAGAGAACGGCUGUCAGUGUUUAUUAGGAGCUCUGAUGGUUUGUGAAUGUCUGGUUUACAGGAUGUUUUCCUUUUCUACUCAUUACGUGGCACUGUUCCUCUAAAAUAUUUAAAAACCAGGUGUGACUGUACCCAAAUGUGCUGAAAACACAUUACUAUAUGAUCCAUUUGAAGUCCUAAUCUUUAAAAUCACUUGUGAUGCAGUAACUUCAUGUUUUUGUGUUUAGCUGCGACUCUCCAUGCGUCUCUGUGUCCCUGCAUAAGGCUCUUCUCUUAUUUUACCCUUUUGUCUCUCUCCAUCUUUCCGUCCUUCCAUGUUUCCAUCACUGUUUGUGUGGGACAUUUUGUUUUGUCACCAGAGGUUUGAAGGUUUCCGUAAUGACAAGACGAUGCCUCAGAGCCUGGAGCCAUCGAGCAGCGGGGGGGCAGACGAUGGACCCGUAAGUGCCAACCACCUCAGUACGAGUGCUAAGAUCCGUGCCAUCGAGGCCAAGCUCCAGAUGAUGGACGAGAAUCCGGAGGAUGACUACUCGGGCCCGUCGGCCUACGUUUACAACAAACCGCCAGAGAGGAAACGCUGGGAGCCCUACUCUAAAUCACACAACAACCAGAGCAGGCCCUUCCGCAGGUUUAGGAGAUGACCCAUCCCACUCAUUCUGGAGAUCCCCCCCGCCCCCAUUCCGUCGACACACUUCAGCCCCCAUCUACACACAAACUGACUCCACACCAGAUACUAUAAAGACUAUACACAGCCUAUGAAAGGUUUUGAAAAUACUUUGAGAACCAAGAACUCUUUGGGAGUAAUCGCAGCAAUCACGGACAAGUACCAAAAGUGUUUUCAGUUAUUUUACAGUUAUUAUUUACUCUUAACAUAUGCCCCAUACCUGACAGAUGUGCAGGUGGGAUCUUAUACGUCUGCGUUCUCGCUUUGGCAGAGAUUUGAAUCAGCAGCUGUGAGUCAUGUGACCCAGAGCGGCCAGAAAAGAAAAAUGAUAUUAUUAUAAAAGAGUCUAAAUGCUGAUUGUCUUAUUGGUUGCGACAUGUUUUUACUUUCGGAGGGUUUAUUUAAAGGUGAAAUACAAUUUUCUUUAAUCAAGACUUCAAUGAAGAGGAAGACAUGCAAAUAUUUGUAACAGGUUUGUAUCCUUGGAGUUUGAAUAGUAAGCCACUCAGCAACGCGGUGUGUUGCAGUAUUUUGUGUGACAUUGCUCUUUUCCUAAUAGUUUGCUUUUUUUUCAAUUUUGUAAGACUGUAUUCAAACUCUUUUUUACUGACUUUGUUUAUUUUCUGUAUAUAUUUUUUGGAAGUUCCCUUUAAUAUUCCUAUUAAAGGCUAAUAAAUAUAACAUCUGCAGCCUGUUGUUUUAUGCCAUUUUAUUGUUUAGUCAAUAACAUUACAAUGCUCUCGUCCACAUGCUUUUGCUGGAAUAGUCAAAUAGUUUUUGUAAGGAAUUUGGAGAAAAACAUCUGCAUCUCAUUAAUGAGAACCUUUUGUGGACUACAAUUUUAAACCAUUAAUCCGGCAUGGUUUUAAAAAAUGCAGUUCAGAACUAUGACAGAAAUAAAAAAAACAUUGUAGAUUAUCAAGAG